UCCUUCCUAAAUCACUGAAUUACCACUCUACCCUUAUCAUGCCGUCCUCAAGUUCCGCUUCCGUUCAAGCCUUCGCGCCACAAAACCACGGGUUCGGAACGAACACGGAGCCAAUUCCGAUCGAAGAUGCGGCAGCGGCCUCGCCGCCGGUGACGGAUGCCUUUGUGGUCGGCGUCGACACCGCGGACGACGUCGACGGCCGGAGGCUCAGGCGGAAGAUCUCCAACCGGGAGUCGGCGCGCCGGUCGCGCGCGCGCAAGCAGCGGCACCUCGACGACCUCCGCGCCCUGGCCGCAAGCCUGCGGGGCGGCCGCCGCGAGCUCGCGGCGCGCGUGCACGCCGCCCGAAGCCGCGUCACUAUCGUCCUCCACGCCAACGACGAGCUCCGCGCGGAGGCCGCCGCCCUGAGCCGCCGCCUCGAGGUGGCGGCUCAUCGCGCGCUCGCCCUGAACCAGCUGUACGCCGCGGCCGCCGGUCUCGGAGCCGGGACGUUCGAGCAGGCCGCUGCCUCGCUGAUCGCCUGGAGCUGAUAGGCGCCGUGCGUGCAUGCAUCAUGCACGUGCACGGGUAGGGUCUACGUACUUUCUCUGGUAAACGGUAAAGAGAAGGCACGACGUACCGUGGGAUAGCUAGCUAGCUUCAUCAGUCCUGAAGUGAAUGUCAAAGAAAAAAGCUUUCAGUCCUGAAGUCUUGUGAUUGGGUAGAUAUAUCAGUCACCAAGUAAAAGAACGGGACAUAAUGGCACGAUUAAUUCGUGACCGUUAAAGGCACAAAAAAAAGUUGGAAUGUAAUUUUACUAAACCAACAUCUAAACCUUGUGUUCGUCGACUGGUUCCCCCUGUCCUGCCGGCUCCAUAUAUAUUUUCUCUUCUGAAUUCUUGGUUAU